UACCGCACCGCCAUCCUCAACAACCGCGCCUGCUUCGAGGGCAAGGCGGUGCUCGACGUCGGAGCUGGCUCGGGCAUCCUCGCCAUCUGGGCAGCUAAGGCGGGCGCGCGCGUCGUGUAUGCUGUCGAGGCGACGUCGAUGGCCAAGCACGCACGCCGGCUCGCAGCGGCAAACGGUGUCGGCGACGUGGUCGUGGUGCUCGAGGGGUACAUGGAGCAGGUGACGCUGCCGGAGCAGGUAGACGUGAUUGUCUCCGAGUGGAUGGGCUACUUCUUGCUGCGCGAAUCCAUGCUAGACCCCGCAAUACUCGCUGUCCUCACAGCCCGAGACAAGUGGCUCAAGCCGGGCGGCGCGCUCUUCCCGUCGAGCGCGUCCAUCUACCUGGCGCCGCUCUGCAGCAGCCUGUACGCGCCAAAGCUGCGCGAGUUCGAGCGAGAGGUGUCGGGGUGGUCCCACUUCAAGGACUUCAUGGGGCGGGAGAACGGCGUCGACAUCAGCGUGCUCGACGCCGAGUGGCAGCAGGAGCAA